ACAACCCGGAACGGUUUUCACACGCGUGGCCGCACUACAACUGUGUCUUUUCGGUACCGACGUGUGUGUUGAUAGCCGCUGUCAGUCUUUUUUAUUUUUUAUUUAUUUUGCCCCUCUCUCUCUCUUUGCUCUCUGAGCAGAACAGCAGAGUCCCAGCUCCCUUUACCCGAUCACCCGCUAACGGCCUCGUAGCUCUCCCCUUUGGACAUGGCAUCUGUUUCGGCAGCGGCUCAGGCAGCCCCCGCUCCGGCUGCUCCUCUGCAGAGAGGAAUUGUGAAGAUGGUCUUGUCAGGCUGUGCUAUCAUUGUUCGGGGCCAGCCUCGAGGUGGCCCACCCCCAGAACGUCAGAUCAACCUCAGCAAUAUCCGGGCCGGGGCCAUGGCUCGCAGAGCAGCUCAGGGCCAGCCCGACACCAAGGACACCCCCGAUGAGCCAUGGGCAUUUCAGGCCAGAGAGUUCCUGCGAAAGAAGUUAAUCGGAAAAGAGGUCUGCUUCACUGUGGAAAUCAAGACUGCUUUGGGCAGGGAGUAUGGCAUGGUCUAUUUAGGCAAAGACACAUCAGGCGAGAACAUUGCUGGGUCUCUGGUGAGCGAGGGCCUGGCCACAGUCCGCAGGGAAGGAAUCAGAGGAAACAACCCGGAGCAGGCCAGACUCUGUGAAAUGGAGGACCAGGCCAAAGCUUCCAAGAAGGGAUUGUGGAGCGAAGGAGGCGGGACACAGACCAUCCGUGACAUAAAGUACACCAUAGAGAAUCCCCGCAACUUCGUCGACGCCUUGCACCAGAAACCCAUCAAUGCCAUCAUCGAGCAUGUGCGUGACGGCAGUGUUGUUCGUGCCCUGCUCCUCCCAGACUACUACCUAGUCACAGUUAUGCUGUCUGGAAUUAAGUGUCCCACAUUCAGGCGGGAAGCAGAUGGUUUGGAGACCCCAGAACCAUUUGCAGCAGAGGCCAAAUUCUUCACAGAAUCUCGUCUUCUGCAGAGAGACGUUCAGAUCAUCCUGGAGAGCUGCCCGAACCAGACCAUACUGGGUACCAUCCUUCACCCGAAUGGCAACAUCACAGAACUCCUGCUGAAGGAAGGGUUCGCACGCUGUGUGGACUGGUCCAUGGCCGUCUACACGCAGGGAGCGGAGAAACUCCGAGCUGCUGAACGAUCUGCUAAAGAACGCAAAGUCCGCAUCUGGAAGGACUACGUGGCACCGACAGCAAACUUGGACCAGAAGGAUCGACAAUUUGUAGCCAAGGUGAUGCAGGUAGUGAACGCUGAUGCCAUGGUAGUCAAACUCAAUUCUGGAGAGUAUAAGACCAUCCACCUGUCCAGCAUUCGGCCUCCCAGAAUCGAAGGAGAGGAAAAGAACAAGGACAAAGACAAACGCUUCCGUCCGCUCUACGACAUCCCCUACAUGUUUGAGGCUCGCGAGUUCUUGAGGAAGAAGCUUAUUGGCAAAAAGGUCAAUGUGACGGUGGACUACAUCCGAGCAGCUACUGGUCCAGGAGAAGGAACUCCUGCUUUCCCAGAGCGCACCUGUGCCACAGUCACAAUCGGCAGCAUUAACAUAGCAGAGGCUCUGGUUAGUAAAGGCUUGGCCACAGUCAUCAGAUACAGACAGGACGACGACCAACGCUCCUCCCACUAUGACGAGCUGCUCGCUGCAGAGGCGCGGGCCAUCAAGAACGGGAAAGGGCUGCACAGUAAGAAGGAGGUCCCCAUCCACAGAGUGGCUGAUAUCUCCGGGGAAACACAGAAAGCCAAACAGUUCCUGCCGUUCCUUCAAAGAGCCGGUCGGUCAGAAGCUGUGGUUGAACAUGUCUUCAGUGGCUCCCGCCUAAAGCUGUACAUGCCCAAAGAAACCUGCCUCAUCACAUUCCUCCUUGCCGGUAUCGAAUGUCCACGCAGUUCCAGGAAUAUGCCUGGGGGGAUGCAGAUGGCGGAACCCUUCAGCGACGAGGCCAUGCUGUUCACCAAAGAGCUGGUGCUGCAACGGGAGGUGGAGGUUGAAGUGGAGAGCAUGGACAAAGCUGGCAACUUCAUUGGCUGGUUGCACAUCGAAGGUGUGAAUCUGUCAGUUGCCUUGGUUGAAAACGCUCUGUCCAAGGUCCACUUUACAGCAGAGCGCAGCACCUACUACAAAACACUCGUGUCAGCAGAGGAGGCGUGUCGACAGAAGAAGGAGAAGAUCUGGGCCAACUACGAGGAGAAACCAGUGGAGGAGGUUGUGCAACUAUCGGAGGAGAAGGAACGUGUUGCCAAUUACAGACCAGUGUACGUCACCGAAAUCAGCGAUACCCUGCACUUCUAUGCCCAGGACGUCGAGACCGGAGGCCAGUUGGAAAGUCUGAUGGAAACCAUGAGGGCAGAGAUCGCCGCCCAACCGCCCGUGGAGGGCUCGUACUCUGCACGCCGAGGGGACUACUGCAUAGCCAAGUUCGCUGAUGGUGACUGGUACAGAGCCAGAGUGGAGAAGGUCGAGUCGCCGGCAAAGGUUCAUGUAUUCUACAUCGAUUACGGCAACAGAGAAGUCGUGUCGACCACCCGCCUGGCUGCCAUACCCCCUGCCUUCAGCACCAGGACUCUGCCAGCACAGGCCACCGAGUAUACCUUCGCCUUCAUCCAGGUCCCACAGGACGAUGACGCCCGUGCAGAUGUGGUGGACUGCGUGGUGCGGGACAUCCAGAACAGCCAGUGCCUGUUGAACGUGGAGUACUCGGGUGCCACCUGCCCUCAUGUCACAAUACAGUUUUCUGACACCAAGGAGGACGUGGGUCUGGGCCUGGUCAAAGAGGGCUUGGUCAUGGUGGACAUCCGCAAGGAGAAGCACCUGCAGAAGAUGGUGACUGAGUACCUAAACAGUCAAGAAUCGGCCAAGAGUGCCAGACUCAACAUUUGGCGCUAUGGAGACUUCCGUGCAGAUGACGCUGAUGAGUUUGGCUACAGCCGUUAAGAAGAAGAAGGUCGACAUAUUGAAUCACCAUCAUUCCAAAGACGGACAGCGAGAGAGACCCACAGAAGAUGAAAAUUAAACCUGUUAUACCUUAUUUUUUUGACAUCUCAUCCCCCGUUUUUCUCCCGUCUGCAAUCCUUAAUAAAAUAAAACAUGCAAGAAUUAUUUUAAACCUUUUCUCCCCCCCCUCUCUGGAACAGCCUGCACGAUUAUGAUCUGUCCUUAACGCAAAUUGUGUUUCAGCCAAUCGUGUGCUUUCUGAUGCGCUUCUUCCCCAACCGCAGCGUUCCUUUGUGCAGGAAGGGGGCGUCGCUCGACUGCUGCUAAUGAAUGCUGCCCAGAUGAAUUCCACGUAACUGACAAAGUGCAGUUUGUUUGGGAGAAAGGGGGCGGAGCUGCACACAUUUUAAAACAACAAAAAAAAAAAUGCGUUUGUGUCGAGUGUGCGAUGAUGUUUGUGUAUUCACUCAGUAAACAUGGAUGACGUGAUGUGGUAUUUUAUCAUCUCUCUCUUCUUCUGUACAGUUUACAUUCUGAUCAUGUUUCUUGGCGCCUGCUCUCUCGUGACAUCUGUACGCCGCAACAGAACCAGUGUUUGAAUUUUUCCACAUUAUGGACCUUUGCAUUCUAUUAAAAAUCAGCA